GUCCUGUCCAUUUUUUGCUUGGGGAAAAUGUGCAAGUUCACCAACCGGCUGUUUGUCUUUGCCCUGAUAUUGCCGGCAUUUGGCAAACUUCUGGCCCAACCCGUUGGUGGGAAGAUCAGGCCGGCGAAUUCGAGGAACGUGGUCAGCGACCUGCUAGAGGUUCUGUAUGAUGACUAUUCCGACAAUGGUUUCCAGCGGGAGGACAUUCUCUACGAUCAGAGGCAGAAGGGCACUGAGAACUAUCAGCUAAAAGUGGAUGGGGUCGUCAUCGGCUUGGCCCCACAAAUGGGUUCCAACUGGCUGUACUCAAUGGCUGAAUAUUAUUUAAGUGAAAUGAUGUUGCGCCAAUCUACUCCAGAACCAGAUACAAACCAAUUGUACGAAAAGGAUCCAGGUGCAGAUACGGAAUCCGGAGCCCUUGAGGGCGUUACUAAAAUUCCAGAGCAGUCUAAAAAUGACUUGGAAAGCAGACAACAUCAAAUUAUAGCUCCUCACAACUCCAGUCGGACUCCAUCUCAACUGUUCCAGUUGCUAAAGAUGCUAAAAACUUCAAAGGCCUGA